AGAGAGAGAGAGGCAGCUUGUAUAAGGCAGUAGUCAAUCACUCAGCACAGCCAGAGAGAGAGAGAGAGAGAGAGAGAGAGAGAGAGAGAGAGAGAGAGAGAGAGCAAGAGAUUGGAGAAGCAGCCAGUCGCUCGUCCCUCACUCCAGGCUCUAAGUUUAUAGGCAGCCAGGCAGAUUUUCUUGGCUUCGAGGCAGCGCUCAUGACAGGAUUAAGAGCCGGGGACGCGGGACCAACCGGAGAUCUGCAGGUCCUAGUGGACAAGCCUGGGCCAGAUUCUCUCCCUGCACAGCUGUGACUGGCCUCCCGUGUCCCGUCACACCAAUCUUCCAACAACAGUCUUCCAAGGUUGACCUGAUUAGCGAGAGGCCUCCCUUCCUCUCCUGUCCUCUCCCAUCAUGCGUCUUCUCACCACCCUCCUCCUGUUGCUGCUCCUCCGGUCAGCUGAGCCCCGCAGAGGCCCCCGACCGGGGGCUUUGGAGAGGGGCGCUGGGGGCCGGGUACGGGGCAGAGGCAGGGCCGCAGUGACAAGACGUCAAACUCAGGAGUGUAAGGAAUACAUGGAGGCGGGAGAGAAGUACCUGGACUGCCAGGACAGACAGUUGACCACCGUGAUGCAGGACUGGCCCAAAGAUAUUCAUCACCUUCUGCUGGCAAGAAAUAAGAUUCAGGUUUUGAGGGACAACAUGUUCUCCCAGUUCACCCAGCUAAAGAGCCUGGACCUUCAGCAGAACGAUAUUUCCAAGGUGGAGGACGGAGCGUUCAGCGGCCUCUCUAAGCUCACCACCCUGCUCCUGCAGCACAACAGUCUGAAUACAGCCACCGAGGAGGUCCUGCUCCCUCUGCCCCGCCUCACCUACCUCCGUCUCUAUGACAACCCCUGGAGCUGCCACUGCUCACUGGACAGCCUGGUCAGGACCCUGCAGGUGCCUAGCAACCGCAACCUGGGCAACUACGCCAAGUGUGCGGAGCCCCAGUCGCUGAGGGGUCAGAAGCUAAGGAAGCUGAAUGUGGACUCUUUGUGUGCGGACGACAACCAGGUGGACAGGAGGCCGGGAGGCGGAGGCGGGGGCGGGCAGAGGCCAAUCAAGAAGCCAGAGGCCACGUCCAUGUGCCACACUUACAUGUUCCCAAAACCUCUGCUGGACUGCAGCAACAAAGGAUUGAAUAACAUCCCGUCUGACCUGCCAUCUGACAUCGUGAAGAUGGAUCUGUCCAGUAACACCAUUAAACAUCUCAGGCCCAAACAGUUCCUGCUGUCCAAAGACCUCAAGCUGCUCAACCUUAGUGGCAACAGCCUGCAACAUAUAGACACAGCUGCAUUCGCAGGACUGCUGUACCUCCGUGAGCUUGACCUGUCCAACAACAGCCUCCAUUACUUUCAGUAUGGUGUACUGGAGGACCUCUACUUCCUACGGAAGCUCUCGCUGGAGAACAACCCCUGGAUCUGCGACUACAACAUCCACUACCUGAUCUAUUGGCUCAAGCACCAUCCUGGCAUCUUCUACACCGGCCUCAUCUGCUCCGAGCCAGAGGAGUUCAAGGGCUGGCGUGUCGAGGAUUAUGUCAAGACCUACAAUGGGGAAUGUCCCAAGGAUAAACAAACUGGAGGAAUGGAUACAGGACAGGGAGGACAAGGGGGGACGGACAAUGAGGCACAGGAGGUGGUCGGGGAAACGGUUGCUGCGCAUGGUGAUCGUUUGCCACAACACCUGAAAGAAAAGAAGAAGCCCAAUAGGUUUGAGAUCAUCAGGCUGAGUUAGAAAGAUGGUGGAUCAGCAGACAGGUGUGGUUUAGUGUGGAGGUCAAAGGAGUGUUGAAAUAAAAUGGAGGUCUGUAGACAGGCUGAAGAAUGGAUUCAUAAAGGUAGACUUAGUGAUUUGUUGUUUAAAUAAAACAUGAUGCUUAAAAGUACAAUUUGUGGGGAAAAAUCCUUUGAGUAAUCAACAUUUUCCAUCUUGUGUGGAUAAAAGAAAAUCAGAUUUUAGAAUGUUAACAUUUUCUUAAAAGAUUAUUAGUUGCAAUGUUAUAUUGCUAAGUUUGCAUUUAAAGGUUUAGGAGCUUGCAUUUGAGCUUUUGUUUUAUCUUUUUUGCAGAACAUUCCCGAUUCAGUCUGUAUCAGAUCUAAUAACCCCAAUGACAAAAAACGUUUCUCUGAAUAUCACACAAUGAACUGCAGGUGCUCUUUUUUCUUCUGUUACAGUCAUUUUGAUAAUGAGUUCGGGAUGUACUUUAUUUUCCUUUCAAGGAAGUAGUUUUUAUUCUUUUUUUGUAUUAAUUAAUGUAUGACAUUGUCUACCUGUUUUCUGGAAAUAAAAUUGGGUUUAUUUUUUCUGAAAA